GAGAGUUUGUUCCGAUAACGGGCGCAGAGUGACGUAGUGAUCCGGCCGCCAUUUUUCCCAGCAGGAAGUGACUGAGCGUUUGAACGAAAGAGGCGUUGGGAAGCAGUGCUCGAAAAGCAAUAACUAGUUAAUUUCAACUUUUUUUGGCUUUCUCUUUAUUUUCAAUUAUGUCCGAGGAAGUUGAAGAAACCAAAACUCCCGAGGAAGCGUCGACCGAGGAGCAGAAGCCGGAAAUGGAUGACAAGGUGAUCAGUCCAGAGAAGGCACAAGAGGCUGAAUUAAAGGCCAGGUACCCCAAUCUUGGAUCUAAGCCUGGGGGUUCUGACCUCCUCAGGAAAAGACUUCAGAAAGGGCAAAAGUACUUUGACUCUGGUGAUUACAACAUGGCCAAGGCCAAGAUGAAGAACAAGCAGUUGCCUACUGCUGCAGCAGAAAAGACAGAGAUCACUGGAGACCACAUUCCCACUCCUCAGGACCUGCCCCAGAGGAAAACUUCCCUUGUGGCCAGCAAACUGGCUGGUUGAUGCAAGAAUGGAAACGGCAGUGCUUAGUUCACCCAAGUUCUCUCACCUCCUUUAACCUUAGUACUGUCCCCCUACACAUUAACAUUCUUACUUUCCUUUUUUUUCCUGUCUCAUCUACUCCAUAUAAGAGCUCUCACAGAAACAUUUGGAGCAGUAGAAAGGUGACAGUUGUAUCAUGCUGCUGGAGGAUGACUAUCUGUAUACAUAGUAUCCAGUGUCAGAGAAAAAUGGGCUAAAGCUAAGCAAAGUCUACUUGAAGGUUUAAAUGAUCUAGAUAUGAGGAUUAAAAGUGUACAUAUGUCCUAGUGUUGAAUCAUGACAGGAAUCAAUAUUUUAGAAAGUUUUACAUUUUUACUGCAUCAUUCCAUAUGUUGUCAUCUAAAUUAAGUAAUGUGCUUAAAUGAAAAGAUGCCCCUAAAAAAUCUAUGCUCCUUGUCCCAUCCUUGUUAUGGCUGUUAUAUUUUAUAUAAAUAAAAUAUAAAGUAUGGAACACAUAGCUAUUGCUAGGUCAUGUUAAAAAGAGCAUGAUGUGCAACACUAGGUUCGAAAAGACUGCUGCUUGCCCCGAUCUUAAAAAUAUUAAAUGGCCUUAAACCCUCAUUCAGCUUCUUCAGCCACGCUUUCUCUUGGGCAAUAUUUGCCCACUCCUGGAAACAUCCUUGUGAAUCCAUUCAGGAAUGUGUGCUGAAAACUGACCUGCGACCAGUCCCAUUAAGGAUUUUCUAGCUGGUAACUCACUAAACAAGAUGUUUGAAGUGUGCAUGUGCAUUGACUGUGCAGUCACUUUGUGCCAUUUGUUUUGUAAAUAAAAUAGUUUUGCACAAA